UUCCUGCCGAGACGCACCUCGGCCAGAAACGUAUAGACAUCCACAGCGCUUGGUUCCGCUGUGAAAAUGGCCUCUGCUGCUCGUCUACCCUAGACAUACCAGAUGAGCUGCUGCUGUCUCCUGGAGUCGGCCAACCCUGUCUGAAACACCACCCGGGAAUAUCAGGGAGUUUUUGCGGUACUCAGAGGAGUGACGAGGCAGAAAAAUAAUGCCACAUUUCCUGUGGCCAGAGCCGUUGUCACCCGCUCAACUAAAGCGGCUGGAGGAGCAUAAAUACAGCGCCUCCGGUAGAUCCCUAUUUGAGCCGCCGUGUCAGAUCUACUGGAACUGGCUCGUCCAGCAGAUACCGACAUGGAUCGCACCAAAUACACUGACUAUUGUUGGACUGCUGGUUAAUGUCCUCUCCACGUUGGUGCUUGUGUAUUAUUGUCCCACGGCAACAGAAGAGGCUCCAUCAUGGGCUUUCAUCCUGUCGGCUCUGGGGCUGUUCAUCUACCAGUCUCUAGAUGCUAUUGAUGGGAAACAGGCCAGGAGGACAAACAGCAGCUCAGCCCUUGGUGAGCUCUUCGACCACGGCUGUGAUGCAGUCUCCACAGUCUUUGUUGCUGUGGGAACGUGCAUUUCAUGUGGAAUAGGACAAUAUCCAGACUGGACUUUCUUCUGUGGUUUUAUUGGGAUGUUUAUGUUUUUCUGCGCCCACUGGCAGACCUAUGUGUCCGGGACGCUCCGCUUUGGCCUGGUUGAUGUCACAGAGGUGCAAUUCGCCAUCAUAAUCAUGUAUGUGAUGUCAGCUUUCGGAGGCGUGAGCCUUUGGCAGUACACGUUGCCCAUCAUCGGACUGAAGCUGUAUGCCUUCCCCGUCAUGGGCAUCAUCGGGGGAGCCCUGUACUCCUGUUACAACUAUUUCUAUGUCAUUUUGAAUGGAGGGGUUGGCAAAAAUGGCUCCACUGUGGCUGACACCAGCGUGCUGAGUCCCGGUUUGCACAUCAGCCUCAUCCUUACACUGGCCUUCAUCAUUUUCAAGAAGUCAUCCAGCCACCUGUUUGAGCACCACCCCUGUUUGUACCUGCUCACCUUUGGAAUGGUUAUCGCCAAGAUUUCCAACAAGCUGGUGAUGGCACACAUGACCAAGAGUGAGUUAUACCUACCAGACCCAGCCUUUAUUGGGCCUGGCCUCCUAUUCCUCAACCAGUACUUUAACAGCUUCAUUGACGAACACAUAGUCCUCUGGAUCGCCAUGGUCCUCUCCAGUGUGGAUUUGAUACGCUACUGCACGGGCGUGUGUCUCCAGAUCGCCUCCCACCUGCGCAUCCACGUCUUUAGCAUCACAACGCCGAGCCAGCUGCACCGCGACUGACGGUUUGCCCGGCGGGAGGAGGCGGGAGGGGACGCAGAUCUCUUCCCGCUCCUGAAAGCAGACAGCGACCACGAUGACGAGGAGAAACCCUCGACCUCGAGCCAUUGCAGCCUUGACAAAGUAACCACUUCAGAUUAAAACUCACACCCACUAAGAGGAAAGCUAAAACUACCGUGAUACAAAAAAAGAAGGAAAAAAAAAACAACCAAGCAUGGAUCUGUUGAAUGAAAAAUUAACCCAAGUUUCCCUUGAAAACCCAGUUGCCUGAUGAAGUCUUUCAGAUUUUAAUUUCAAGGUAAAUGCAUGUUGUUAGAUUUAAUUUUUUGAACAUCAUUUGGCACUUCCAGCUUAUUCAACACAAAAUACCAAAAAAAAAUAAAAAUCUUUUAAUAGGUAUUUUUUAGCUUGGGCAAAUAUCAAAGCAUUUAAGUGAGCUUUAAAUAUGGAGACAUGUUCCUCAUGGAUUGUUGUACAAUUAACUAAACACAUAAAUAUGACAAUCACGAGUGACAAUUUAAGUAAAAUUUCUUUGAUAUCUGCUGAAUCUGAAUCAAAUACCUGUUAAGAGUUUUCUUAAUGACUUGUUUUAAUUUGUUAAAUGAAAUAAGACUGAAUUUGAUACAAAUUAGGGCUUUAAAGAAACUUUUUUUUAAAAUAAACUUAUAGACCUUAAAAUAAUUUCCAAUAAGGUUUCCAAUUUGGACCGGCAGGUUGUCAGCAAGCUGCAUCGAAGGGUAACGAUCGUGUGUUAAUGCUGAAAAUGAUGACGUGUCUAAAGUUAGGCCGAUCUCACAAACCCCACUGCAGUUGUUUUUUUUGUUUUU